CAACGACGGCGGCGGCGGCGCCGGAGGCCUGGCGGGAGGCGAGGUUUCGUUAAAUGGUACCCAGUUUGCCGACAGCCCCGUCGUGUCAGAGUUCACAGCCGUUUCCCAGACGCCCUUCACGUUCGGCUUGGGCCAGAGGGCGCCGUACACGACGGGCGAGCACUGCCUCCUCUGCCGAAGCGAGCGCAAGGAUCCCGCCCCGGCCGAGAGCGGCGCGAAGAAUUCCGGCAAGAUGGCCCCGUCCGCCCCCCCGAAAGCCAACAGCACGCUCCACCUGCCGCUCUGGGUCUGCCCCGACUGUCGGCGGACGGUGGAGAAGGAGGAGCGGCACGGGGCCCUGCAGCCGCCUGCCGUCGUGAGCCAAGAUUUCCUUUUGCACGCACCUCUCGGAAAUGGCGGAUCGCAGCAGGAAUCGGUCGGAGGAGGGAGACUGGCCGUGGGAGCUCCCGCCGGGCCCUCGGCGGAGCCGAGUAACCCCACCACGCCGUCGGACGUCGCGUGUAACUGUGAGGCCUGUAACGAGCGCAGAGAGAUUUCAGCAGAGACUGAACGGGAAUCUCAGCAGCUUCAAAAUUACUGGUCAGAAGUACGGUACACGGUCCGAUGUAUAUACCGUCAAGCCGGCACUCCCUUGGCGGACGACCAAGACCAGUCUCUGGUGCCGGACAGAGAGGGGAUGAAAGAACUGGUGGCCAGGCUUUGCGAGCGAGACCCCUACCAGCUCUAUCAGCGGUUGGAACAGCAGGCGAGGGAGUACGUGCUGGAGAUGAAAGUCCGCCUCCUCAGACACUUCUCCCUGGGCUCCAAAGUCCAGUCCCCCGCGGCGGCAAUCCAAGGCCCUCCCCAGGCGCAUCAGUUCAUCUCGCUGCUCCUGGAGGAGCACGGCGCGCUCUGCCAAGCCGCGCGCACAAUCAGCACCUUCCUCGUCACCCUGGAAAAUGAACAUCUGAAGAAAUUCCAAGUUACCUGGGAACUGCACAAUAAGCACCUGUUUGAAAAUCUGGUCUUCUCGGAGCCGCUCCUGCAGAACAGCCUGCCGACGCUGGUGUCCCAGCUCAGGCUGGGGAUCACGUCGCACGACCCGUGCGGCGAAGACACGUACGGUACCUUGUUAGAAAGGUAUCACCGGCUGGAAGAGGACAUGGGGCGAGUGGCGGAGGAAUGGCUGCAGUGCCAGAAGAGAAUCGACGACUACGUGGACGAGCAGAUGGCAAUGAAGACAAAGCAACGCAUGUUAAAAGAAGACUGGGAGUUUUUUAAACAGAGGCGAUUUUUUGAAGAGCAGUUAAAUAAUAAGAAAGCGCUAGCUGGAGAGAACAACUUCACGGACACCAUGAGGCACAUGUUGUCGUCCCGCCUGAGCAUACCCGACUGUCCCAACUGUAAUUAUAGGAGAAGAUGUACCUGCGACGACUGCAGCCUGUCCCACAUCCUGACGUGCGGCGUGGUGGACUCGCCCAUCCCCGAGGACGUCCACGUGAGCCGGCUCCCGCUGCCCGGGGAGUCGGGGCCGGACUACCUGGCGGAGAUCUGCCCGCCCAGCAUGUCGUCGGCCAGCUCGGGCUCGGGGUCCAGCUCCCCCAUCACCAUCCAGCAGCAUCCCAGGCUCCUCCUCGCCGACAACGGCGCCGCCCCGACCUUCGGGAGCGACGACGACGAGGACGUGGCGCCGCUGUCCGCCAAAUUUGCUGACAUCUACCCCUUGAACAACUACGACGACGCGGAGGUCGUGGCCAAUAUGAACGGAAUCCACAGCGAAUUAAAUGGUGGAGGUGAAAACAUGGCACUGAAAGAUGAGUCCCCACAGGUAAGCAGCACUAGCAGUAGUUCUUCCGAGGCGGAUGAUGAAGAAGCGGAUGGCGAGAGCAGCGGGGAACCACCGGGAACCCAAAAAGAGGAUCUAGCGCUAGGGAAAAGGGCCCCGAGGAAAGAGGAAGCCAAAACGGACAGUCCGCCCCCGGCUUACCCCACCCAACAGGCUGACCCGGGUCUCAAUACUUGCGAGUGCCAUGUCUGUAAGCAGGAGACUUCAGGUCUGCCCGCCUCGGCCCUCGCAGCCGGACGUCUUCCCGCUGGCCACCAGUUCAUGAGCCCAGAAAAGCCUGCACAUCCUGCCCUUCACCUCUAUCCCCACAUCCACGGACAUUUACCUUUGAAUACUAUGCCUCACUUGCCUCGUCCUCUCAUCCACCCCACUUUGUAUACCGCCUCCCCUUUUGCACACAGUAAGGCUUUACCGCCGGCACCUGUUCAGAAUCACACCAACAAGCAUCAGGUAUUCAAUGCAUCUCUUCAGGACCAUAUUUACCCAAGCUGUUUUGGAAGUUCUCCAGACUGGAAUAGCUCCAAGUUUAUAAGUCUGUGGGGAUCAGAAAUGAUGAAUGACAAGAACUGGAAUCCUGGUACUUUUCUGCCAGACACCCUUUCUGGCAGCGAUCUCUUGGGGCCAGCGCUCUCGGAACUAAGGCCCGAAGCCCUUCCCACUACAUCUAGUACCGAAACGGCUGCCGCGGCUGAGGGCAAAGAGAAAAAAAACGCAGCCAAGAAGAAGUGUCUGUACAAUUUCCAGGAUGCCUUUAUGGAAGCCAAUAAGGUUGUCAUGGCAACAUCCUCUGCCACUUCAUCCGUCUCCUGCACCGCCACCACGGUGCAGUCCAGCAGCAACCAGUUUAAAGUGUCGUCGAAGAGGCCUUCGUCGAUAGGUGAGGUGUUUCACAAUAUCAAUAAAGAGGAUCAUAGACAUUCUGCCCCGGUGGCCCCACGAAACAGCCCCACGGGUUUAGCGUCCCUUCCUUCUCUGUCUCCCGCCGCCGCCGCCCUCUCGCCGGCCUCCGCCCCCCACCUCCCAAACCUCGCCGCUCCCCCCUUCCCCAAAACCGCCGCCACGGCUCCGGGCUUUGUGGAUCCACAUUCCAGCCUCUGCCCCACCACGGUCCCCCCUCCGACGUCCACCACAGACAGCUCAGUGAGCGCACCGCCAAGUGUCUGCAGUGACCCCGAUUGUGAAGGUCAUCGCUGUGAAAACAGCAGUGCUUACGAUCAUCAGCAGUACGACGGAGAAGAGAGUCAAGAUGAAGACAGCUGCUCAGAGCACAGCUCAAGUACCUCAACCUCCACCAACCAGAAAGAAGGAAAAUACUGUGACUGUUGUUACUGUGAGUUCUUCGGACACGGAGGCCCACCGGCCGCACCCACUAGUCGAAAUUACGCAGAAAUGCGGGAGAAGCUUCGUUUACGUUUGACCAAGAGGAAAGAAGAGCAGCCCAAAAAACCAGAUCAGGUCUCCGAAAGGGAGAGUGUCGUUGACCAUCGAAAGGUGGAAGAUUUGCUGCAGUUUAUAAACAGCUCGGAGACCAAACCAGUAAGCAGCACUCGGGCAGCCAAGCGAGCGAGGCACAAGCAGAGAAAGCUAGAAGAGAAAGCUCGCCUGGAAGCGGAGGCCAGAGAACGGGAACAUCACCAGCUCCUCGAAGAACAGAGGCGGCGGGAAGAGGAGGAAGAGGAGAGGCUGAAGCAGGAGUUCCAACGUCUCCAAGAGCUGCAGCAGCUCCGGGCGCUGAAGAAGAAGAAAAAAGAGCGAGCGGGGAAGGACUGUCCCAAGGCAGACCCGCUCCCUCGGAAUUUCCAGGCGGCCAAGGAGUCGGAGGCCGGGCCCGGAGAGCUGCAGAACGGCGUCCCCGAGCCUCCCGCCAAGGUCGCCGCCCCGUCCGGCCCUGCCCUCCCCAGGCCGGCCGUGCCCGUGGGGCAGAGGGCGGGGCCCGCGCCGGUGGUCUGCGGGCUCCCCGACCCCCCGAGCCCCGGGGACUCCAAGCUCCUCUUCCAGAAGGAGGCCAGGGCGAAGCAACCGGAGCCGCUCUCUUUCCUCCUGGACAUGAUGCACCGUCACCAGGAAGGGGCCGGCAAGCCCAAGCUCAAGCCCGGCGGCAGGCCCGGCGGCGAGGCCCCCCGGGCCCCCGAGGCGCCCCCGCCCAGGACCAGGAACCCGGCGGAGCCCAAAGCCAAGGCGGCGGAGCUCGGCUCCGGGCCCGAGCCCCGCAGGGAGGAGAAGAGAGUCAAUACGAACAACAACAACAAAAAGCAGUUCAAUCACGUCAAGGAGGAGAGACCGGCCCCGGGCCCGAGGGAAACCACCCCUUCUCCCAGCGAGCAGCAGCCGCCGCCCCAGCAGCCGCCCCAGCAGAACCACAAAAUGGCACCGGCAGACUCUCCCCAGCCCAAGGGAAGGAACAAGAAAAACAAAAAGAAGAAAGGCGACAAAGUCAGCAAUUCGAUCGAUGAUGUGUUCCUGCCCAAAGACAUCGACCUCGAUAGCGUCGACAUGGACGAGACGGAGAGGGAAGUGGAGUAUUUUAAAAGGUUCUGUUUGGAUUCUGCGAGGCAGACGAGGCAGAGACUGUCCAUCAACUGGUCCAAUUUUAGCUUGAAAAAAACCACCUUUGCUGCACACUGAGUUGAGCCCGUGUGGGGGAGGAGGGAGGAGCCCCCCUCCCCACCUCCCCUCACUCCCCACCUCCGCGGGAACCACCGACCGACAACUCCACUCGGCCCGAACUGCCGCGCUGAGAGCGUCUCUCCGGCCUGGAGCCCGCGCGGCCCCACGCCCACCGGGAUCCGGUCCCCCCCGACCCCCCACCCCCGGUCCGUCCCCCUCCCCGACCCCCUGGCCCUGACGAUGCUCGCGGACUGAGAAAUUGCCACUUUCUACCUGAAUUUGUUAGCUUGUGUGCUUGUAGUCUGUGAGUGAGACUUAUUUGAUUGUAGCUCUACGCUGUUGGAAUGGGGACAGUAGCUCUUCUCCCCCCGCCCCCCUCCCGGUUCCUCCCGACUGCCUCGGCCCCGGUCCGACCGUCGAAACUGCACCCCGGGCCCGGGAGGAGGCCGAGACCCCCCCCCUCCACUCCCCCCCAGUCUGCUACACGCCCGCGGCGGCUCCGGCCCCUUCUGCAUCCAGGUCGGUUAUACCCUUCCGCGUCGACUCCCGACAGAGAUCGGACCUCAUCGGUUGUGCUUUCAUCCGCUCUGGGAUCGCCCCCCCGUCCCUACACACAAACACACACAAACACACACCCGCACACCCUCCCCUCUCCCCCCCGCCAUCCCCGCGUCGUGGGAAAGAGGCUCGUAUGGGACAAGCGCAUUUCUUCGGCUCUUUCACGAUCUACUGUUUAAAGAGUGUACAAGUUACGCUAUUUGUGUUUGAUUUUUUUUUUUUCCUGACUUGUAGCCAGCUUGUGUAAGAAUACUUGCAGAAUGAGAAAGUUGAAAAAAAAAAAAAAAGAAAAAAAAAAUAAAAAAAAAAACAAUACUCACACUAUCAAAUCUGUUAUAGAGUGUAUAAUUGUAUUAACACUGAAGCCUAACUGGCUACUUUUUUAACAUAUUGUUAAGUAAUAUUAAAAUCAUGUCUUUCUUUUUGAAAGAUGGAAUACAUUAGUAUGGCAGGA